UCGGGAUGGAGCGGUACGCAGUUCGAGUCGCCCUGGUGACGGGCGCCAACUCCGGUAUCGGCGCCGCCACCGCACGGGCGCUAUUCGAGAAGGGGCUCAAGGUCGUCGGCCUCGACAAGAGGAUCGACAUGAUCAAGGCUCAUGAACUGAAGGACGCUCCGGGAAAGCUUUAUCCAUUGCAAGUCGACGUGAGCAGCGAGGAGAGUAUUCUGUGCGCCUUCAAGUGGAUAAAGGAGAAUUUAGGAGGAGUCGAUGUUCUUAUCAACAGCGCUGGAGUUUGCGGAGAAAGCCUUCCAACAAACGAGUUCACCUCCAUUCAACAAAUAUCACCAGGACUUCUGAAAACAGAAAUAUUCAGUACCUUACAAAAGCAUUCGACAGAAGCGCUGGAAAAUAUGCGAUUGCCAAUGAUGGAAUCUGAGGACAUGGCGGAUGCAGUUAUCUAUAUGUUAUCGCAACCUCCACGUGUUCAAGUCUACGAUAUUAUCCUUCGUCCAACAGGAGAUUUAUUUUGCUGAUGAAAAUUUAAGUGCUUUAUAAAAUUUACGGAGGAAACUAGGGAAUCUCUUACAAGAGCCAUAGGUGGGUAUAAGAGAUAAAACUAGUAGAAAAUCUAAAUGCGUAAUACCUGUGCAAACAGCCAAGAAAUAGUUUCUCGGGGUUGUGUUUAGUAAUGGAAUCCUACAUAUCGUAGCUUGUUAAACGUUCAGCUUUCAUCACUAACAAUGGUCAGAUUGGAAAAACCUCAGAGUGCUACCGAGCGGGAAACAACAUCUACGGUAUCAUCAGUAACACAGGAAAAAAGUACACAGUGCGAACUAAACUUCGAGCACACUACAUCACGGAAAAUAGAAGCAGUCUGUCUGAGUAAAACAGGCCUGUGAAAUUUCAGAAGGUCAUUGGUUUAUUACUCAGAUGUAUAUCAACAAAUUUUAUAAACACCACUCUCCUGUUAUGAACCGGAUCAUCAUAAGGGUCCCACAACACAGUACAAGAUGAAAAAGUAAAAAGGGAAUGAAAUAUAGGUCCAAUGAAACGUCUAUGAGAGAUCGCUUACGAAACAAUCCAGGUAAAUGAAUGGGAUUGAAAAGUUUGGAUCUAUUUAAGGCCAAAGAAAUCAUCCAAGAGAGAAAAUAUAUGUAGAGUGGAAAUGAACGUUGUAAGUCCGCUUUGGUUUUCAAAAACGCAUUUUCAGUGCAGGUGUUUCAUUAUUACCAUGUUGCAUGACCCUAGACUUGUUCCAAGAUUAAAAUCAUGUAGAAUAUCUUGGAAACAUUUAUUACUGAAAUGUACCUGCUCUUUGUGCGAAGCAGUGCUUACGUCAGCAGUUCCGUUAGCUAAAGCUACAUACCCCCUUCCAUUCGAUUCAAAUGCACAAAAUUGACUUCUUUAAAUCUAAUGACGUUGCUGAAACUUUGUUGUCAAUGUAGGCAGUAGGAUGUGCAAAUGCACUCUCAUCGAAGUGUCUCAUACUCAUAAACCUGAAACACUAUUAAUAAAUUCUUACUCUGACAUAGAAGAAUAGAAAAGUGUCAUUGAUUUCAAAGGUAAGAAGACCAUGGCAGAUCCAUUCCAUGCAGUACUUUAUGUGAAAGACCAGCCAAGUUUAUCAGUUGCAGCUGACUAUGUUGCCAUUUCUUCCUCAACAGCACAGGGAGUUUGCUUGUGAAGGAUCGCAAUAACUGAAGCAACAGAAGUCAACACCGAGGGACUUUAUAAUGAAUUUAAUUUUGUUAUUUCCUUCUAAAAAAGUAUGUGGGAGAGAGAUGGUUUUUGAUGACUACAGUGCGGCUAGGUUCAGUGUUAUUGUUACAUUUCUAUACUGGCAGUGCCGCAAAUAAAAGGUCUAGUAGCUUUUUAUUAAUGGCACUUAGAACAGAUAUUUUUAAUGGAAACUUAUAACCGUCAAUUUCCUAGAAUGGCGCUUCGGUCUUAAUAAGUAACGUAUUUUAUAAUUUGCCUCAUUACAUUUUGCAGUUGCGAGGUGGACAGCAUAAUUCUUUUCUACGAAAAUGUCUUCUUUAUUUUUCGAAUAGAAAUAAGUUAUGUACAAAAAAAAGAGAUUCCUUUUUUAUCCUCCUGAAAAAUGAGGUAUUAGGCACUUACAAUGUUCCCCACUUCUCCUUUCAUGUGGUAGUUCAUGUUCAAACGAAAUGUAAUUUAGUGAUGUCUAACAAAUCUGUAGUUGCAUAAAUUGUCCUGUAUACUCGAGAGAAACAUUAUGUCGAAUGUAAGUAAAAUAAUGGAUUUCCAGAUAUGUAUUAGAAGAUUUUUAAGAGGUUUGUUGCCGAAUAAACAAUUUACACACUGUUAA